CCCUGGACAUCCAUCUGCAUAUUCAGGAGUUGUUCCCAGCUGGUUGGCUGCCUCCAGCCACCCCACUCCCUCUUUAUAGGACAUGAGCAUAGCGGGAGGACUUGCUGGGUGGCUUCUCCAUCAUCCUGCAGCACCCAGCACACAUCCUGCACCUUGGCAGCCCAGGGAAGACAAGCCCGAGGACCUGCACUGGAGUGAUGUGCCGUGGUGUGUGAUUGCUCUUCCGAACACCAACCUGGAAUAAAGGCUAACAAGCGGCCUGCUGAAAAGACUCUGUACCUCUAGCUGGCAGAAGCAUCGCCAGGAACGCCUGCCAGUCUGUCUGUGGAAAUGAUCCCCUACCAGUUGCAGGGUAGCUCACUGGUGCCCAGGCAGAAAGAGAACAUGAGGAAUGGCACGUCUGCCCCUGCGCAGGACAGAGGCUGUGUUACUACAAAGCACCACCAAGGGAUGAAAACAGAACCUUGUUUCCAGAGGGACCCUCUGUUGCCUUCCCCUAGCUCAUCCCUCAUGUCACAGCUGCUCAGCCACGCAGCAGUUGGCAGGAGCCUGGACCCCUGCACCCUUUUCCCUUCCUCUGCAGUGGAGCCGCCCCAGGGCUAUGAACUUGGUGUGCCUUUCAGAGAAGGAGCACAAACCCUGGCUAUCACCAGAACCUGUGGCCCUGCUCCUGUGCCCUGUGCAGCUGAUGGGGAGCAGCUCUCCGAUGAAUACCUACAAGCCAAGAGGGCUAGGGUGGAGAGCAUCAUCCAAGGCAUGAGCCUCCUUCCAGCCCACCAGGGCUUGGAGGGAGGUUUGGCGCAGGGCAGGGAGAGAGGUGGAGGAGUGCCCCACCGGGGCAAGAGGAAGCCGAGGGUUCCUCAGCAGCAGGGUGCGGGAGUGGCUGGGCAAGGGGCACCUGCUGCUGGCAGUCCCCACACAGCAGAGUGCCAGCAGCUGAGGGAGCAGCUCUGCUUUCUAGAGCAGCAGCUGAGGUGGCUUCAGGAGAGGUUCUCCCAGGUCUGUGACUCUGGGGAUGCUGCCCAAACCCAGGAAGGUGCUGGGAAAGUGCAGCUGCUUCCUGGAAAAGCUGGAGACAGUGUGGGCAGGGGUGGCGUUGCCAACACCUGCCAUUCACACACAGCCACUCUCUGGGAGAGCAUCCUGGAGGUGGAUGGGCCCACGGCAGGGGAGGACGAGGAAGGCAGAGGCAGUGCAGGCGUCCUGCCCUCAGUAGCCAGGGUGCUCUCUCAGGCCCUGAAACACGAGCUGGCUGGGAUGACAUCCCGUGUGGUGGACUCCGUCUUGAAGACUGUGUGGCCAAAGGCAGCCAGCCACCUCCUACAGCAACGGCUAGAGCUAGGGCCAGAUGCCAGGGGAGGGUGUUUACCUGCUGGGAAAGGCAGAAAAUCACUUGCUAAGGCACCCUCCCCGAGCAUCCUGGGCUCACAUCGGCCAGAGGCACCAUCACUAUCACUGGGGAAGAACUCUCAGGCCAGAUCCUUCAGCCCGGAAGGGGUCAGAAACCUCCGUCAGGCACCCAGUGUGGGUCACAGGCCAGGCUCAGCUGCCCUGGCAGUGCAGGACAGUCAGCUGCUGGGCCAGCUGCUGGUCUACACCCCACACAACCACUGGGACAGCCCUACUGCCUCAGAGAGUUGGCGCAUGGAGCCCGCAGAUGCACGCUGGGCAGUCACCAAGCUGCGGCCAUUGGCAGUGAGGCCCCUGGGCCCUGACAUGGUGGAGGGGAACAGAACACCCCUUACCCCUACCCACGAGGCGCUGACCCCUGGCCACCUGAAGAAGGCCAAGCUGAUGUUCUUCUUCACCCGCUACCCCAGCUCAGCUCUGCUGAGGUCCUACUUCCUUGACGUGCAGGUAGACCUGCUGUGGGAUGCAGGGUAGGAUCGCGGGGUGUGGGAUUUUGGUGCUGGUUUGUUGAGAGCCCACUUCCCCGCUGUGUCUGCACAGUUCAGCCGCUGCAUCAACUCCCAGCUCAUCAAGUGGUUCAGCAACUUCCGUGAGUUCUACUACAUCCAAGUGGAGAAGUUUGCCCGGCAGGCCCUGCUGGAGGGCAUCACGGAGGCCACGGCCCUGCGCGUCUCACGGGAUUCGGAGCUCUUCCGUGCCCUCAACAUGCACUAUAAUAAGGGAAACGACUUCCAGGUGCCCAGCUGCUUCCUGGAGGUGGCAAGCCUGACGCUGCAGGAGUUCUUCAGAGCGGUGCGGGCGGGCAGGGAUGCCGACCCCUCCUGGAAAAAGCCUAUUUACAAAAUCAUCUCCAAACUGGACAGCCACAUCCCCGAAGUGUUCAAAGCUGCGGGCUGCUCCCAGGAGCUGCCCCACAAUUGAUCUGCCAGACAGCCUCCUUGGGUGAAGUCUACGGUUUGCUCCAGGCAUCAGGAUGUUGUGCUAUACAUUUCAUUUGGCUGCUCAAAGGCAGCGGUGGAGACCCAUGGAAAGAACACGUAGAGGAAGCCAAAUGCCUGGAGCCUGGAAAUGGCUGCUCUCCUCCUGGCCCUGCUCCAGCUUUCCCCAGGACCUGGGCCAAGCCACCUUUCUCCUCAUUUCCACAGGGCCACAGAUAAGGGCAAGUGGCCCUUUUUGUUUACAGAGCAAGCAGAGCUCCCAGCAGCGGGCACCGUUUCCUUGGCACGGCUGUCCAAGGCGCUGUGCUUGCUCCAGCAGCACUCAUCAGGCCCUGCCCAAAAACAACACAACAGCAUCCAAAGCAAACAUCUGGUGAAUUCCAGCAUUUCAAGCAGCCCAUGAGGAUGGCUGGCCCUGUCUGGGACACAUCAAACUGUUUGUAUCCGCCAGCACACCGCCUCACCAGUGUCCUGCAGAGGAGCUGAAGCUGGACAGUGUGACUUGUGUUGGAAGGGGUCAAGGCAGUGUUGGAAGCGCUGCGGGAUGCCUGCUGGAUGCUGGAGCACAGCAAAAUGCACAGAGAGGAAAAUCCAUGCUGUACAAGCAGCCCUGCAGCAGGGUGCCUGUAGCUGGAUGGCAACACCUUGUGGCUGAGCAGUGCAGUGUGGGUGGGCUCCACAGGGGCUGUAUUACAGUGGCCCUUGCCAUUGUGAGUGGGGUUAGCCACAUUCCCUGUCUGGAUUUGUAUGUUAGUUGCUUGAGGUCUGUAUGUUGCGCAAACCCAACUCCAAAUUUACUCCAUCUAUUUUUAAAUAAAUACGGCUUACGUUACCACUUUAAAUCCCCAGAGACCUCUCUGAUAACUUUUUCUCUAAACUUUACCCUGGGAAUUUCUUGCAUUUUGUUAGGAAAGAAUAACCCCUUGAGAGAAGGGCUUCAGUGGCUGUGCUGUUGAUGGCAUGGUACGUACUUUCAUGCAGCCUGGUUGCGCUCAGAACAGAGCAGGCGGUUUUCUCUUGAAGACAAAUGCCUGGCACAUGGGGAUUUCCAUUGGCUAUGUGUGCAUGCUUGUAGGGCUGGGAGAGAGGGAAGAGACUGCACCCACCACC